CUGCUUACUGCUGCCUGCCAAUGAGAGCCUCCCAGAGUGAGAAAAUUUAGUUUCAUCUUCCCCAGAGCCUCUCUGCACAGGGUCACAGCCAGCAAGGAAGGCUGCUCUGACAGAAGCUGCUCACCGAAAGAAGAGCGACUAGAAAUGGCCGUCCCACCCGUCGUGACGGUCCAGCCACAGUACGCCAUGGUGGUGCCCUCUGUCUCGAGGAGCAUGUGGCAGACGGGGCUGAUGGACUGCUGUACCGACUGCAGCGUCUGCUGCUGCGGGAUGUUCUGCUGCCCCUGCCUUGCCUGCCAGGUGGCAGGGGACAUGAACGAGUGUUGCCUGUGCGGGACCAGCGUGGCCAUGAGGACCCUCUACCGCACCAGAUACAACAUCCCGGGGUCCAUUUGCUCUGACUUCUGUGUCACCGCAUGGUGCCUCGUGUGCUCCCUUUGCCAAAUUAAGAGAGAUAUCAACCGGAGGAGGGAGCUGGGCAUAUUCUGAUGCCGCCAUCCUCGCUGUGCCCUGUGGAGCUACUGUGGACAGGCAUCGCAGCUGCCCCGGGCUUUGGGAAACGCACCGUGGGGGAUUUUCUAGAUUAUGGCUAAUUCCCGCUUCUCUGGUUAGCAUUACGAAUAAAC